UACGAGGAAUUUUGAUUUUUGAGGACUCCAGUAAAAAAGGUGGCCAAGUCGUGAGAUAUUGUUCUUGGUUCAUGUUGGCGUAACUCGGUCUGUUUCUGCAUUCGUUACGGGAAAGCUUUUCAAAUCCUGCUACCGAAACUUCUGAAAGAUCACCCAGAGCUUUGCAGGGGUUAACUCCAUUGAGGCUUACGAGAAAUGGAUCCUGGACGAUUUAUACUGCAGCAAGGAUGGGAUAAUAACAGCGCUUCGGAGGGGUAUGGUCCACUGCAUGAGCCAGACUAUCGGGUUGGUGGUUCAUAUGAUGAUAGGAGAUUUCUGGAUGAGGGAUUAUCAAGGGACAGUAUCUAUCCAAGGGACUCCUUCCAUCGGGACUUUCUUGAGAGGGAUAAUUAUCCACCUCCACCAUCUGUUGUUGGUGCUUGGCCUCAACAAAGAAGUUUUGAUGAAAAGUAUGCACUUAUUAGGGAACCUAGGCGACUUGAGAAUCCAUAUAUUGAUGGUUUCCAUGAGAUGGAUGGUUUUCGUGAAGCUGCUAAGUAUCGUGAGAUUGAUAGAUUUCAGGGAGAUAACAAGUUUCGGGAUGGUUACCAUGGUGUUGACAGCUAUCGCAAUGUAGAUAGUUACCAUGAUUAUGGGUUUGAUAGGCCUGCCAGGUUUGGAAGACGGGAUCGUGAUGAAUUUGCAGCUGAUGAUUAUGAUUAUAGACUUCGUAUUUCCCAUAAAAGCAGGGAGGAUAGCCAUGAAAAGGGUCGGUAUAGUUAUGACUCUGAUUAUGACAGAGGUAGUAGGAGAAAGAGCAGUUGGAGGAAGCGAAACUCUCGUGAUCGUGACCAUGAAAUGCGGAGUCGCGAAAGAGACCAGAGUCCACAUAGGAGGCAUGAGCGAUCUCGAUCUCAAGGGCAUGAUGAUCAACUUAGAUCAAGAUCAAGGUCACCUCAAAGUCACAUCCAUGGUCGAAGUCAUCGGGAGGACAGCUAUGAUGACAAUCAGCAUGAGAGGGGUGAAAAACAUAGGGAUCGUGAUGACAAGCGACUCCUUGAUCAUUCAUCGGUGGCUCCAUCAGCUACUGUUGUAGUGAAGGGUUUGUCGCAGAAGACAACUGAAGAGGAUUUAUAUCAGAUUCUUGCCGAGUGGAGACCCAUCAGUCAUGUGCGUGUAAUUAAAGAGAGGAAUUCUGGCAUCUCACGUGGAUUUGCUUUUAUUGAUUUCCCUUCUGUGGAAGAGGCGUGUAAGAUGAUGGAUGGAAUUGGAGAUGAUGGUCUGGUCGUGGAUGGCAGGAAGCUCUUUUUUGAGUAUAGUAGCAAGCCGACAACUGGAGCAGGUGGACCUCCUUAUGGACAGGAUAAUGCAGUGAAAUCACGAAGCCACAAAAUUGCACCCCCAUCUGAUUGGAUGUGCACUAUUUGUGGCUGUGUAAAUUUUGCACGGCGGACUUCCUGUUUCCAGUGUAACGAGCCGAGGACUGAUGAUGCUCCAGAAGCAGGUGUAGCGUCAUCUAAUCCCACAGAACUUGGAAGAAAAGGAUCGGAGGCAGGUCCAACUCAUGUUCUGGUUGUUCGUGGGCUGGAUGAAAAUGCUGAUGAAGAAAUACUUCGGUACGAGUUCUCCAAACACGCUCCAAUCAAGGAUCUUCGUCUUGUCAGGGACAAAUUUACUCAUGUUUCUAGGGGAUUUGCAUUUGUCCAUUUCCAUUCGGUGGAGGAUGCUACCAAAGCUUUAGAAGCAACAAAUGGAACAACCCUUGAAAAGUAUGGUCAAAUCUUACGUGUGGCAUAUGCAAAAAGCAUACAUGGACCAGGGUUUGGCGCAUCUGGGGCUUCACAGUCCAGCAGCCUUGCUGCUGCUGCUGCAAUUGAGGCAGCAACAUUUGCACAACAGUAUGAUGCAGUUGGAUGGGCACCUAAAGAAUAUAAUCCAGAUGAUAAACAAUCCACCGGUGGGCAGGAGCAAGGAAACAGUGAUGCAGGUCAAAAGGAUGGCUCAGCCCCCCAAACUGGAUUUGUAUGGGAUGAAGGAUCUGGUUAUUAUUAUGAUGCCGCAUCCGGGUUCUACUAUGAUGGGAAUACAGGUCUUUAUUAUGAUAGUAGCAAUGGAACUUGGUAUUCUUAUGAUGAUCAAACUCAGCAGUACAUCCCUUGUGGUGAUCAGAAUGACAAAGGAAAAGCAGCAAAUGAGCCGAAGGCAUCUGAUAGUGCUAGUAACAGAAAAGUAGUGAUUUCUGCUCCUGCUGCUACAAUAACAUCAAAUGAGAAGACUGCGUCAUUGCCAGAUGCUGUCCAGGCUGCUGCAACUGCAGCUCUUGCUGCAGAAAAGAGAGAGAAGGAGAAAAUGAAAGAGAUAAGGCUGGCUUCAAAGAGCAAUAUUCUUGCGAACAAGAAUAAAAUGAGUAACGUUUUAAGCAUGUGGAAGCAAAGGAAUAAUGUGGGUCAGGCAGCUCGGAUCGUUCUCGAUGACACUGUGUCUUCAGCUUUAAUGGAUGACAGGCCUAAAAACAAGUUCAGAAGUGAUUCUAUGCUAGCAAAGGAAAAAACUUCAACCAGUUUGGGAUUUUCCUCCACAGCGGUCGUUCGUGGUGCUAGUAACACGUUAACUACCCCAAUUACUGCACAGACUGCUUCUGCAGUUUCUGAGAUCAAACCACAACCUGUCAGCAACAGUUCAGGAGGCACAUUAAUGGGGGUGAUUAGAGGAUCUGGAAGAGGGGUCACGAAGUCAGAUACUACUUUGUCUGGUAGACCUUCCACCUCAUCACCUGCUGUUACAAGCUCUGCAGGGACAUCAGCAGUUAAUCCAGGCACACCUGCCAUACAAACUCCCUUCAGAACAGAUGCAUCUGCACUGGGUUCCUACACACCACCUGCUACAGGAAGUGGCAAGCGAAGGUUCUCUGAGCAGCCAGUUUCUUCUCAUAGGGAACAGCCUCAGACAACAUAUAGGGACCGUGCAGCUGAGAGGAGGAGCCUUUAUGGAUCAUCAUCAUCUUCAUCUAUUGGGGAUGGGCUUGCUGAUUCAAGUAAGCAUGCUUAACAAUUUCUUUUGUGUUGGGUUCAGAUGUUGCAUUUGCUCUAGAUUGGAGUACUAAAUCCUGUGAAGGGUCCUUUGUUGCUCCGGAAUAAAUCCAACACCAUAUUUUGAAUCCUGAAAGCUUCAGACAGCAUAUACACAAGUCAAUUUAAAUAGUCAACCUAGGAUGUGAAUAAUUUGUUGUUGGAAGGAUAUCUAUCCAGUGAGUUCACUGGUUCAUUGCUUGGUUAUUCUCACUGAAAACUCAUAUUUACAUUGUAAGAAAUGUUAUUUUUACAAUGCUUUGUC